AUGUCCGUUUAGGACUUUUUAUGUCUUUCUCCACUGGAGCUCAUGAAAGUGACUGGCCUGAGUUACCGAGGUGUCCAUGAACUUCUGUGCAUGGUCAGCAAGGCCUGUGCGCCACAGAUGAAAACGGCGUACGCGAUGAAGACACAGAGGUGUGCCGCUCUCUCGCCGGCUUUCCUACCUACGAGCCUUCCUGCCCUGGACGAAGCCCUGCGUGGUGGUGUGGCUUGUGGAUCCCUCACGGAGAUUACAGGCCCACCAGGUUGUGGAAAAACUCAGUUUUGUAUGAUGAUGAGCAUUUUGGCUACUUUACCUACUGACAUGGGAGGAUUAGAAGGAGCAGUUGUCUACAUUGACACAGAGUCAGCCUUUAGUGCUGAAAG